GUGUUGCAGGGAUGACACCGGUUAAAUUAUUUCUUGUUUCCAUAUGUUUUGUGUUGUUGACUCGCAUUGUGCCCGAUGUUUUGGCUCAUGGGCAUUCUCAUGGGCACGGGCACGCCCAUGACCACGGCCAUGGUCACAGCCACGGCGGUGCGGAAGAACCAGUGAGCUUCAAGUAUUCGAAAGAAGCAAACGAGCCACAUCAGCAUGUUGGGGGAGGCGAUCACGGUCACGCGCAUUCUCAUGAUCAUGGACACGCACAUUCUCAUGACCACGGACACGCGCAUGCUCAUGACCACGGACACGCGCAUGCUCAUGACCACGGACAUGCUAAAAAAGUAGCUCAGAAAAGUUCUCCGGGGACCAAACAAAGCGGUGCUAUGCUAUGGGCUCAAGCCCUGUUGUCUACAGCUGUGAUCAGCGCUGCACCAGUGUUGAUUUUAAUCGGCAUUCCUCUGGAUAACACCAAUCAACAUUCCCCACUUUUAAAAGUCCUCCUCAGUUUUGCCUCCGGCGGACUACUUGGUGAUGCAUUCUUACACUUGAUACCGCAUGCUGUCAAUCCCCAUUCCCAUGGAGACGGCCACACCCACAGCCAUGACCAUGGGCACUCCCAUGGAGAGCACGACCAUAGCCAUGACCUCAGUGUAGGCCUGUGGGUGCUGGGAGGUAUUCUGUUCUUCCUGAUUGUAGAGAAAUUUGUUCGCCACGUAAAAGGAGGGCAUACACAUUCUCAUUCUCACACGCAUUCUCACAGCAAAGAUACAAAAGCUGAAGGUGAUGCUAAGAGUAAACCUGCCACAAACAAAGACAAAGUGUCAGAUGAUGAAAAGGAGAAGACUACAGAGGAGUCGAAAGAAUCAAAGGAGAAAACCAGGGAGGAUAUUAAAGACGUAGCACCUGUUGAAGGUAAAUCAGAUCUGAAGGUAGCAGGUUACCUAAAUCUGGCAGCAGACUUCCUCCACAACUUCACUGACGGCCUGGCGAUAGGCGCCUCCUAUCUGGUGGGCAAAAAUGUGGGCCUGGUCACAACUAUCACUAUUUUUUUACAUGAAAUUCCGCAUGAGAUCGGAGACUUUGCCAUUCUGGUCCAGUCAGGCUGCAGCAAGAAGAAGGCUAUGUUACUGCAGUUCUCUACAGCUAUUGGGGCCAUGUUGGGGACCCUGUGCAGCCUCCUGGCAGAGGGUAUCGGUGACGCAGCCACUGCCUGGAUUCUUCCGUUUACUGCAGGCGGUUUUAUCUACAUUGCCACUGUGUCCAUCAUUCCAGAGUUACUCGAGGAUUCAAAACUGUGGCAGUCUGUCAAAGAAAUCGGUGCUCUGUUGAUAGGUGUUUAUAUGAUGGUUUUGAUAGCUCAGUAUGAGUGAAGGAAGUGCAGGGAGUUAGGGUAUACACUUGAACUUUGUAGUCUCGUAUGAUCUCAGACUGUUUCCUGUUACCUGGCAACCUGGCGUCCAGUGGCCAUGUGGUAGUAUGAAACAUAACAGAAUCACAAGUAUAAUGUUUCCCUGUUUUUGGAUUUUACUGUCAGAAAAGAUAAUGAAUGUCUUUACUUGCAUAGGCAAUUAUGGCUAGUCAAAAGUCACGAGCAGAUGUCUUUGUUUCGAACGGUUCUUGUACCAUACAGUUCACAGGAUGCCAAGUUGUAAGACAUAGUGUGAGGUUGUGCAAGACCAGCUCAAAUUUUAAAUUUCACUGUGUCCAUUUUUUUUUGUUUUUUGUUUUGUUAUUGUCUUUUUGUGCACAGCUCCAUCACAGUGUAUUUUGGUUUGUUGAUGAUUCGUGAUAUGUGUGAGCCAGACUGUUGAAUGAGUCCAGAAAAAUAAAUACAAUUUCUUAGUUUGUCGAUUUGUGGUUUGGUUAUAGGGAGUUCAAAUGUAUGUAGAGUUGUUCUCAAGUAUGUACCCACAUUCUGCUGCUAACAUGGAAUGUUGGAAAGAGAUUGGCAGAGAUGAAAAGUGACAUGUACAGAAAAAAACAUUUGUUUAUGCAAAUUAUUACACAAAAUUAUUUUCAAGAAGACGAAGACUGGUUUCCAGUUUGUAAAACAGCCAGUCUUAGUAUUUUGUACGACAUGAUGUUUAUCAAUGGAAAAUGCAAGCUAGAGAGUCAGUGUGGGAAUUUGAAGUAACCCAUGGGUUAGGUAAAGAUUCUUUGUGUAACCAAUUAUAUGUAGUUUUAGAGGAAUGCCACUGUCCAUACCAGAUUUUGAACAAAUUGUGGAACAUGUAUAAUCAAAGGGAAACAACUCUUGUAAAACAUGUUGAAGAAGGGCCCUCUGUAAUGAGACUUAGUAGAACACAGCAUCAUAAAACAAAGCUUGUUUCAUAUCAGGUUUUUCAGAUAAAUGAGCUUGUUUAGCCAACCAUGUAAAACAUGAAGACAUAAGUAUACAGGGUAAGGGGAGGUAAUGCACUCAGAAUCUGCUGGUGUAAUCAACUUAUUUCCUCAACCUUUCUGCAUAUGACAGAGCAACUUUCAGUGCAAUUUAUACAUACUUAUAUUUUGAUUUUGGAAACAAAACUACAUUGGUUAGGUUGGCCAGUUUCAGGGCUGCACAAAAAGCACAAUUUUAUCUGUCUGCACAGAAUAAUGCCUGCAGAAUAUGCUUGAUUAAAGAGAUAAACAUGUGAAAAGGUUGAAGAAUUGCAGUGAUUUGGUUGUUCUUGACAGUUAAAUAACUGAAUGACCAAUACAUAUAGUAGUCCUAAAAAUGUGUCCCUAGAUCAAACUGAAAAAUCAGCAAUCAUAUAAAACGAUAAAAACUUAACAAUAGUACUUAACGUUUCAGAAAAUUCCAAUUUUGCAUAAGGGUCGUCUUACUUAUAUUAUGCUAAAGGACCAUUGUCAUUUGACGUAUAUGUUCUAAUAUCGGUGUUGUAACUACUGGUAUACUUACUCAAAGUUACAUAUGUUCAUAUCCACAAGUUGUGUUAGUGGAACAAUGAUCAAGGAGGUUGGUAACUACUGGGACUGCGUUAACAAAACUGUGGAUCAGAUUUCUGGUAAAGGUUUUAUAGAUGUCGUCGUCCGGGUUAUAGCACCCCGAGGUAUUAUUUGUGUUGAGAUAUUCAACAACAUGAAUGCAUUCAGGAAAACUUCCAUUGAAUUACCUCCCCUGAACUCCCACAGAAGCAUGAAAAAGCACAUAUAAAGAAAGGUAUUCAUGAGCAGUUGUUAUGUGUUGUGGUGUAAAAUUUCUAGUGUGGAUAAUAUUGUGAUCAAAACAUGUAUAUUUACUGUUUCUUACAGUAAUUUGUUGAUUGUUUAAUUAACAGUAUGGGGUUUGUGAUGUACAUUGUGUUAGCAUUAUACCCCCAGAAGCAGAUGUCAUGUUCACUGCUGACAAAAUAUUAACAGGACUGUCAAAUCAGAUAUAACUUGAAUCUUCCCCACCUGCCGUAUCUGGAAUGCCGCAUGUUGUUAGAGGAUACCGUCAUACAGGUGUUAAAAUUUCUGACGAAGUUUACAAUUAUGCUUAUUUGGAAGUACCGGGGUCACAAAAAUCAGGUGACUCAGUCUCCACAAUAUUUCAUAUGACCCUGAUCUGGUGAUGGCCUGGAAUUAAAAUUAUGAUUAUGAGUGAUGAAAAGCAGCCUCUGGUUCCAGACAUACCUGAUGUACAUGUAUCUCGUCUGUUGUACACCAUCCUCCAUUUCUCUCAUUGUGUACAUUUGUCCACAGCCAUUUGUGUUUUCGGUACGGCAGAAGAUGUAUCAUAUAGAUAGCUAAUGUGUGAUACGAAUCCGCUCAUCUGUGUCCAUAUGUAAAAGUUAUGCAGAAAGGGUCAGAAGUCAAAAAGCAGUUAUAUUGUACACUCUCAUGAAAAUUGGGAAGGGAACUUAAGUAAUUGGAAGCUGGUAUUAACGGAAUAAAAUCAGGGCUCUCUUUAUUUUGUGUGGAUAGCUUUUUCAAUAUUAUUUCAAAACAUGCCAGGAUUCCUGUACAUAAACUAUUGGACUAUUCCUCAUUAAUUUAAAGCUUCUAAUAUUUCUUACUACUCUUUGCUACCUCGACCCAAAGUAUUGAGACCCCUGACCAAACAUCCACAAAACCUUGAUCUGGCUUUAAAGAUUUAGGUCAUAGUCAUUUUAAAACCUUGUUCUUGUAGUUCUGGUGGUGGGUUUGAUCUUGUUAUGUCCAAAUAUGUUAAAUUCAGGUGUGUGGGUGAAUGUGUGUUGCCACUCCGUGCAACUACAACCUUCUCGCAUCAACCCUCUGGGAUUUGAAUUCUCAACCUAUGUACAUGUACCAUACAGUUACUUGAAAGUACAUUAUUUUAUUUAGACUUAUUGGUAUUAUGGCCUACAUGUAUGACAGCUGCGUGCCUAAUUUGCAUGCCUCGUUACCAAAACAAGGCAGUACCUGUGUCAAAACUGUAUGAUUUAUGCUGGUAUGCAUCCCUACAUUUACAAGCUACCAGAAUGUCUGAUUCAGUUGUAUUGGCAUCCAGUGUACACGCCCCAGAAAUCUCAUGUAUGUUUCCUAUAGGCCAUAGGCUAUAAGUUUAGAGUGUUGUGUCAAACCUCUAUCCUUCCACUUUACUGAUGUUUUUUUUCUUGCAAUGACCAUUCCACAGAUUACAUGUCGGAUUUUCUGGUGCUAUGUAAUGUGAACAAAAUAGCUGAACAUCCCUGAUUAUAUACAGUUAACCUAGCUGCUGCAUUGUAAUGACUUUUGUAAGUCUGAGUACAUGAAUUCUAAUAUGUACAGGGUUUCAUCUACCUUGUCUACACUGUACUGUAUAUGUGAAGUGGCACAUAUUCAUUCAUGACAAGUUCAUGCAAAGACAUCUGUUUAUUUAUUAUCUGUUGCUGAUAUUGUCUGUUAUAAAGCUACUUUCACGUUUUGCCUUAGUAAUAAAUAUGAAAUACUCA